CGUAUGUAAAUAAAACAUUUGGGGAAAAAAAUAGUCAAAGUUUUCCCCCGAGAUAAAUAACUUCAUUCAAACAUAUUUUAUUGCAUUAUUACAUACUAUUUAUUGUUUUAAAUUUUUACGCUACAAUACCGAAAACGAAACUAAUUGAAUUGUCGUUCACGCGCUCAUAGCAUCCCGCGAUGCUUCGAUUGCUAUGGCGUACCAGGAAGGGGAGUCGCUUGAAUCCUGGCUCAAUAAAGCCACCCAUUCAACAAACAGACAAGAGGACUGGGAAUACAUCAUUGGGUUUUGUGAUCAAGUCAACAAGGAACUAGAAGGCCCCCAGAUUGCAAUACCACUGCUGGUCCAUAAAAUCCAGUCCCCGCAAGAAUGGGAAGCUCUUCAGGCGCUGACUGUAUUAGAGGCAUGCAUGAAGAACUGCGGGAGGCGGUUUCAUAAUGAAGUUGGCAAAUACAGAUUUUUAAAUGAGCUGAUUAAAGUUGUGUCUCCGAAGUACAUGGGGGACAGCGCUCCAGAGAAGGUGAAGACAAAGAUCGUAGAAAUGCUGUACAGUUGGACAGUCGCUUUCCCCAAUGAGGCCAAAAUAAAUGAAGCCUACCAGACAUUGAGAAGACAAGGGCUGGUGACGCAAGAUCCAGAGCUACCACUGGACAAGACAUUGAUUCCCUCUCCCCCCACGCGGCCCAAACACCCAGUGUUCGACAACGAGGACAUGGGAAAGCUUCUCGCUGAGCUUCUCCGCAGCAAAAACCCUGAAGACCUCCAGGAAGCUAACAGGUUGAUCAAAAAUAUGGUGAAAGAGGACGAGGUGCGAGUGCAAAAAGUGUCCAAGCGCAACAACACGCUGGAGGAAGUGAACAUCAACGUCAAGCUCUUGUCUGAGAUGCUCUCCCACUACGAUAAAGACUCCUCUUCAGAAUCCGACAAGGAGAUUAUGAAGGAACUGUACGAGCGCUGUGAUAAACUAAGGCGGGCUGCUUUCAAAAUGGCCACUGAGGCUGAGGAAAACGACACCAGUUUAGGCGACAUCCUGCAGGCUAGCGACGACCUCUCCAGAGUCAUCAACUCGUACAAGUCCAUAGUGGAGGGUUUGCCGAUCAACGGAGACAGCGAUGAGUCUCGUGGACGUGCCCGCAGCGAUUUGCCCGAAGCGACAGACACGUUGAUCGAUCUUGCGGCCGUGGACCCAAACCCUCCCCAGCCAGCCGCCCCCAUCCCGCUGUCUGGCGACCUGUCUGACAUCUUGGUAGGGCCGUGCUUCCCCGCCUUGCUCCCGCCUCUCAACAGACCACUGGCCGGUCAGUCGCCGGCCGACAAGGCUUCAGACGCGCUUUCGCUUCUUGACAACGAGCUGCUGUCUUUAGGACUAAAUGAUGACUCCACAUUCCUCAGCGACCAAUCCAAACCAAAGCUGAAUGAAGCAUCCAAUCAGUGGAGUUCUUUGCAGGCCCCUGGAUUGAGUACAGAUUUGUUGGGAAGUGCCGCAAGUCCAGGUACACUUUUGCCCUCAGCGGAAGUGCCCGUGACCUCACUCCAAAAUCUACAAGACUUAGCUAUGAUGAGUUUCUCGGAUCAUAAGAGUCCAGUGACGGUGGGAAGCAGUUUUGCGGCGAUGUCGAGCUCCACUUCUGCAGCCUCCGUUUUGCCCGGCUCUCCUGCCUUGACGCAAGCCAAGACACAAAACCUGGCCUCGGUCCCGGGUAGUCCGCUGUUCCGCUCCCUUUCCCCAGCCCACCCUAGCCUCCAGGCCCCACAGAUGUCCCUAAGCAACGUCCACGUUCCCCUGGAGGCCAUCAGACCCAGUAAAGUGCUACCGGUCACUGCCUAUGACAAGGACGGCGUUCGGGUUUUGCUCAACUUUGCUUCCGAAUCUCCACCCGGCAGACCCGACGUAUUGGUCAUGGUUGUGUCCAUGCUGAAUACGGCGCCACUCCCUGUUCACGGGGUAGUACUGCAAGCUGCUGUACCAAAGUCAAUGAAAGUCAAGCUGCAGCCUCCCUCUGGUACUGAACUGGCCGCGUUUAACCCCAUCCUGCCCCCGGCUUCCAUCACACAAAUCAUGCUGCUGGCCAAUCCGGCAAAGGCGAGUCACAUGACUAGCGCACACCAAUGUUUCUUUCUGCCCAUUUUAAGGAAGCGUUUGCCCUCAUUUUCAGGAAAAAGUGCGGCUGCGCUACAAGCUGGCGUUCACGCUUGGGGAUGUUCUGCGUAACGAGGUGGGGGAAGUGGACCAGUUCCCCCUGCCAGAGGCCUGGGGACGUCUAUAGCACCAUUGACGGCCAUAGACGUUGAACCCAUUUAAAUUGAGAGAGGCUGGCAGUGGCAAUAGACGAUCCGACUGAUUUACAGCAUUAAAAAUAAGAGUACAUUUUCAGAUUUAUUCCUUAGUAUUUUAUUUAUUGAGUUAACACGAUGUCAUGUCUAGCAAAAACUUUUAUUUUAGAAGGAUUCUCAUUUAAGCUGCGACUUCACUGUAGUUGUUUUGAACAUUUGGUUUUGAGUAUUUCUUCAACCAUUUUCUGUUUUUGCAUUGUACAGUGAACCCCUGUUUGUUUACUGUGAAGGAACUAUGUUGGAGUGGAUGAGCUUCAUGUAAACAACAGAUUUGCUUGCAGGCAAGUAUAAAAUCAAUCACGCGCCGAUUUUUGCUAUCAGCAGGGGUUCACUGUACUUGUUUUACCGUCAAGUAACACUGAAAGUUGACGGUGAAAUAAAAGGACCCGAGUUCAAAUAAUGUUACACGGCAGGAUUGCGUCUUGUUGACUCUUCCGAUGAAGCCACAUUUGCUUACAAAUGUACAAAAAUGUGUGUUGCGUGUACAUAAAUCUACUGAGUGGCUGUUUGUGAAUACGUGACAUGUUAAGAGUUUUACAUUUGUACAUUCAGGUUUGUUUGCUGCAUGUAAUAAACAUGUAUGAAUA